AUGCAGCCAGAAGUGCUUCAAUCGAUUCUUCUACAAGACCUUGAUGAAGCAAGAUUAUAUGGUCUAGAAAUGGAUAAUUAUACAUGUGUUGACUAUGAACUCUACUCCUCAAUCACCACCCCUGAGGACUCUUCCAUAAUCACCUCAGAGUCAUACUUUCAUACCAUGUUACCAAGUGAUCAUAUUAGUAAGUUACCUUAUGUCGAUGACUCGGGAGUAGUGCUCCCUAUGGAGAAUAUUUCUCAACAUGUGGAAGGGAUUGAAGAUAUUUCAGGCACUUCCCUUGAUGAUGUAUUGAGAUGGUGGGCUACUAGUGAAGAAAUGGAUAGUAUGUGCACGGAUGUAUCCAUGGAGAAUGAAGGUGUACGUGGCGGUCCAUCUGUAAAAUCUAAUGACACGCCUGUGAUGUCUCCAUCGAUGAACCUUACGAUGGUGUUACCAAUGGAAGUUGAAGGCCAAACAAGCCUUGGUAGUCUACUUAAAGCUUAUGGAGAAGCCAUGGAGAUGGGACAAAGAGAACUAGCGAAUGCAAUCGUGGGUUGUUUAAACGAGAAAGCUAGUCCACUUGGUGGAACCAUGGAACGUGUGGCUUUUAACUUGUUUCACUCAGGAAAUCAAAUAGACUACAUAAAACAGGAAUCAACGAAAAAUUAUAAGUCCGCAUUCAAAGCUUUUUAUGAAUGUUUCCCUUAUGGGAGAUUUCCUCAUUUUGCAGCCAAUUCAGCUAUUCUUGAAACAAUUAUGAACGACUCAAGGAAGGUACACAUCAUAGAUUUUGAUAUGGGUGAAGGGGUUCAAUGGCCUCCAAUGUUAGAGGCUAUUGGAAAGCUAAAAAGAGAGAUUAAGUUGACAUCCAUUAGAACAAAUUACGCACAAAGUUAUAGUUUUGAGGAGACAAAAAACCGGCUCAGUGAUUAUGCAAACCGUUGUGGAUUGAAGUUGGAGGUUCAAGAUGUCGGGAUUGAAGAUUUGGUGUGGGAGAUCGUAAGAUCGCAUGGGCAUGACUUCCUAGCCUUCAAUUGUAUGGUUGGACUACCACACAUGGGGAGGAGAAGAAAUAGAAGUGAAGUGAUGGAGUUUGUAAGGGCUGCCAAGAACUUAUUGUUAACAAACAAAGGAAUUCUAACAUUUGGCGAUGGAGAAGAUUGGGAAAAUACAAAUGUUUCUCGCGGUUUUGGUUCGUUUUUUGAUGACUACUUAAAACACUAUCAUGCACUUUGUGAGUCAAUGGAAAGAAGCUUCCCAGAGAACCUUACAGAAGCAAGAUUAGCCAUGGAGACACUUUUUGUGGGCCCAUAUGUUUCAUCAUUGUCUUGGUACCAAAAGUGGCAGAAUGAUAGGGGAGAUUAUGGAUUCAAAGAAGAUAUUGGGUUAAUGGGUUGGAGGCUGAGCAAAGAGAGUUUGAUGGAAGCUAAAGAGAUGGUGAAUGAGAGACAAAGUGCAUAUAGCAUCAGGCUUGUAGGGCAAAAUAAUAAUGAAAUGGUUCUACAAUGGAGAGGAACUCCAUUAGUUAGAGUUUCUGCUUGGAAGUAG